UAGACUGAUUAUCUUCAGUCGAACGAAAGGUCGGCAGGGUCAAGCGGUACUUGUGUGUGCUAUUGUCUUCAUAAAUUAGUGGCAUUUACUCAAAAACGCACGUAAAAAUGUUUUCUCGCGCCUUAAAACCCGUCGUAUCGGUGGCCCUGCAGAAUGGCGCUAAAAACUUUUCCACCACCUCAGAGAUGAAAAUCAAAGUAGCGGUUCUAGGCGCUGGUGGUGGUAUUGGUCAGCCACUUUCGCUACUUUUGAAGCAGAACCCUCUGAUAUCCCACUUGGCUCUGUACGAUAUCGCACCAUUUACACCCGGUGUCGCCGCCGACCUUUCCCACUUGGACACCCCCGUCAAGGUCACUGGCCACAAGGGGCCAGAGCAGCUAUGCGACGCCCUCACAGAUUCCGAAGUAGUUGUGAUCCCCGCGGGUAUGCCUCGCAAACCGGGCAUGACCCGCGAUGACUUGUUCAACACGAACGCGUCCAUCGUCAGGGACUUGACGCUCUGCAUCGCGUCUUGCUGCCCCAAGGCCAUCAUCGCCAUCAUUACAAACCCCGUCAACUCCAUGGUGCCUAUCGCAUCAGAGGUCAUGAAGAAGGCGGGAGUAUACGACCCCAACAGGGUUUUGGGUGUGACCACGCUCGACAUUGUGCGGUCAUCAACGUUCGUCGGUGAGAUCAACGGCGUGGACCCGCGCACGGUGAAGGUGCCCGUCAUCGGAGGCCACUCUGGCAUCACCAUCAUCCCUCUGCUGUCCCAGAGCCAGCCCCCGUGCAAGCUCACAGACCCUGCCCAGAUCGACAAACUUACCAAGAGGAUCCAGGAGGCCGGCACAGAGGUCGUGAAGGCCAAGGCUGGUUUCGGUUCCGCUACCCUGUCCAUGGGAUACUCCGGAGCACGUUUCUGUAACGCUAUCCUCAGGGGUCUUAAGGGCGAACAAAAUGUUGUCGAGUGUGCGUUCGUGAAGUGCAGUCUGGCCGAAUCUGAGUACUUCGCCACCCCCAUUACUUUCGGCAAGAACGGCAUGGACAAGGUUCUCGGCUACGGCAAAAUCAACGAGUAUGAGCAGAAGAUCCUAAGCCAAGCCAUGCCCGAGCUGCUCAAGAACAUCAAGAAGGGUGUCGAGUUCGCCAAAAAGUAAACAACUCAUGAUUGUAGAGGUCGGGCCUAGCGCAGUAGACAAACAGUGUGAGGGUCAUGGGAUUCUGCAAGGAUAGUGCGAGGCUUUCUGUACAGCCUACUUCAUAUCCAGACUAACUAACAGUCAAUAGCAAUCGAAAGGCCUAUCACUAAGUUCCCAUUACCUUCUCACUCUUAGCAUAAACAACUGCAGAGUUACGCUAUUCUAGGUAAUAGUAAACGCUGCGUCAGACAGUAUCACUAAUGUAAGUAGGCGGGCCCGGCCCUAGCAGUGGUAGUGGUAUCUGUUGAUUGUAUAACUAGAUUAUACAUUAAUUUAUUAAAAAUCAUUUAGAGCAUUUUAUAUUUUAAAUCGAAAUAAACAGCGAUCAUAUUGUAAACUUGCAGUGUACAGAAAUGUAAUUGAAGUUUCGUCGAACUAAAGCCAAUACCACUGAAGAAUGGGAGUACUGUGUAAAUACUGUGAUGUGUGAUGUUGAUAAUUAAAAUUACUGUGUAUGAUAACUUA